ACUUCCGGGCGUGCUGCGGGUUUCCGCAUAGCGGGGCGAGCGUGUUGGAGUGUUUUUGUUCUGGGUCCGGGCGGCCCCGCCCCUCGCAGUGUGGCGCGUUACUGACGCCCGUGACGCCUUUCCACGUCGCAGUCGAUCCCAACAGACGAGCGAGCUGCGUAUGUCUGCGUGUCUCCAGCUAGGCUAGUAAGGGAGUGAUGGCGGCGCCCGUCCUCAGAGUGUCCACCCCGCGGUGGGAGACAAUAGCCCGGUUUGUGGUCUGCCUACUGGGCAUGCUAUUGUCUCUUUAUGCGUUCCACGUCGAGAGGGAAAAGGCCCAGGAUCCCAGUUAUCAGGCGCUGUGCGACGUCAGCAGCUCCAUCAGCUGUUCCAAAGUGUUCAGCUCAAGGGGAUGUCAAAGUCCACCAGCCUCUAGGUCCAUGGCCACAUUUGUCUACUACCAGGUGGGGUCGAGGAUUUGGACUCCUGGGCUCAAUUUUUGGAAAUGACAGUGCACUGAACCAACCAAACAGUGUCUAUGGAAUUGGCUUUUAUGCUUUUCAACUCCUACUAGGAAUGACUGUAAGUGCAAUGGCUGCCCUCAUUCUCAUGAUGACGUCCAUCUUGUCGGUAGUGGGCUCGCUCUACCUGGGCUACAUCCUUUACUUUGUCCUUAAGGACCUGUGCGUCAUCUGCAUCACCACGUACGUGCUGAACGUCAUCCUCUUUAUCCUCAACUACAAACGACUGGUUUACUUGAACGAGGCCUGGAAGCAGCAGCUGCAGGCCAAGCAGGACUAAAAGCUGUGCAGGAAAAUGUGAUACAAACCGAUAGAAAUGUGACUGACUGAACAUUUGACUUUGCCACCAGGAGACCUUGCUUCCAAACUAUGUUCAUCCUGCUGUUUUCCAAAAAAAAAAGGACAUCUAACACAAAACCAUACUGUUGAUUGGAUACACGAAGGAUUUGUUUUACUUUCACUUCAUCCUAAAUUGUUCUAGUGACUAAAAGAAAGAGACUGAGGCCCUCAACGCAACACAAUGGAGGACCGGAAAAAAGGAUCCAAGAGACGCCACCUCAAAGCAGUAAGCUGGCGGGUUCCAAAAAUGAGAAAACACCCUAAGAAAGUCCCAUGUGGAGUUUGAAGGGAACAAAACGAUCAACAAUGUUGUUUUUUUUCCUUCAUGUUUACACUUUCUAGUUAGCUUUUUGUUGUUUUCUUCAGAGGACCACUAAAGAUGAACGUGAGCUGUCAUCGUCGUUGUGUAGGUCGGUCAGAUAGUUUGUUUUUCCAAUUCUGUAAAUAGCCGGUGAGCAAUAUUUCAGGCUUGAUCGAUUGACAAAACGUGGAACAAAACUAGGUCACAAUUGGUGGAUGUCCUGUUUGCUUCAUUUGAAGCCACAGACUUGCAACAAAGCGCCAUCACUUCUGUUACCGAGUGUUCAACAUAAAGACUUAUGUGCCUAAAGCAUCGCUCAUUUUGACUCCACCUGACUUUCCUGUCAAAGCUUUAUUUUUUAGGAUCACAGUUUUGUAUUGUUUGUCCCUCCUCCAGUCUCACAUGGUAGCAAAGGCGGCUACACUGUGAUUAUGUGUACACUCCACCUUCAUUAAACAGUAAUGGUGAUGCUGCCAGGCGG